CAUGAGACGUCUCCGCUUCGACAAUGCGUCGCAUACAUAAUUCGAAUUUUGUGCCGAAAUUUAAUCUUGGCAAAUGGACGUGGAAUAAAACCUUGGAGCGCUUAGAGUUUGAGCCCAUCAAAGAUGCGGAAUUGGAGAAACAAGAUUAUAUCAGGACGUGCGGCUUCAAAUUCAACAAAACGCUGAAUCAAUUAGAAGAGUUAAUAUUCCUGCAGGAGUUCCAGCGCUCCGAACUCACACACGAUGCGGAUGUCAUACUCGUACAAGACAUCAAAAAUCUUGUGCUAUUUCUGGCGCCAUCCGAGACUAUCACAAAGGAUUUCGUGCUCUUUCUGCACACCUUCACAGUGGAUCGUUUUCUGCGCGCGCUCAUCAUUUACUUUGAGUACUACUUGAAGAUGGUGGAGUUCGUGUUGAUACGACGCGAUGAGAUUAGCGGCGAAAAGGCGCAAAUACAAAGCGAGGACACCAAUGAGAUCAAACGCAUCUACUCGUCAUAUCUUACGCAGCAUCGGCUGCUGUUGGCGCGCGAGUAUAGCAUCAUUAUAGCGGGCGAUGGCGAAAUGAAACCUUUCUACCACAUUACGCCCAUCGUCAAUAUUUCGCAAUCGAUUAAGGAUAAGCGCUUCCACGAAACCUUUUUGGCCUUCUCCACACAAAUGGUGUGGAUCGCUAUGCAUCGGCGCGCCUACGACUACAUCGAUUUGGAAAUGUAUCGACUGUUUCGCUCCGAACACUUCAAGCUCAAACGCUAUGCGCACAUCAACUUCACGGAGGCCGAGGCGAACAUGCUGUACGGCAAGAAUUACAAGCGCGUGAAUUAUCGCGCACAAAACUCACCGCUCAUACAGGAGUUGGUCAAUGUGUCCACCGAGAAUUUGCCCAUACUGUGGAUUGGCGAACGCAAGUAUCGCGGCACCGAUUUGCGCAUACACCAGCUGGAGCUCGAGUAUAUUGUGCCGGACAGUCAGUUGAUUUUGAUCGAUGUGUGUCACGGCAUACUCGGGCAUCCGAAGAAAAUCUAUAAUACGCUGUUGAACAUCAAUUGGGAAGAGGUGCGCUUCCAGAACUAUUCGCAAAUUUAUGACCCCUACCAAUUGGUGCGUCAGCCGGCGCUGAAGAUACCGCGCAUCGAUGCGGAGAAGAUACGCAAAUAUGCGCAGAAAUUCGACACCUACUAUCACGUGCGCAUGCAGUACGAGCGCGUAAGCAAAGCGGUGAUCGAUAAGUGGUGUCGCCGCGACGCCGUCAUUGCGUAUUUCACCACGGAGGGCAUGAUUACGAACAUUGUGACGCGAUGCGAAAAGGAACUGGAAAGGGUCUCGUAUGGUCCGAGUGUGGAGGAGAUAACGAGCAAGUUUUUGGCACGCAAGAAACUAUUGCGGAAACUAUAGGGGAUUGCAAAAAGACAAAGGA